GCAGUUGUCGUCAUAAUGCAAAAUCCGAGAGGGCUCCUACGUCCGGCCCACGAUGGCGACGCAAGUGAACGAAAAUCUAGAAUCUCCUUUGACGAUAUCGACCAGGUGCGAGGCCACCAACGAGUUCCCUCAGGUUCGCAAGAAUUCAAAGACCUCACCAAACGUGACGCUUUGGAACAAAUGAAAAACGAUAUUGAACGGUUAGUUUCAACGGUGCCUGAGGCGCAGCGAGAAGCCACGAAAAAGGAGUUGGAUGGGUUCUCGUCUCUAUUUGAACGAUACCUCCAAGAGAAAGGUCCAUCUCUCUCUUGGAAUGAUAUUCAGAAACUUCCUGAAAAUGCGGUCAGAGACUAUGCAUCAUUGGAAACCCCAUCGACAGAAGAUGCCCGGAACAUGUUGGAAAAAUUGGUAGUUGUCAAGUUAAAUGGUGGUCUUGGAACAUCCAUGGGUUGCAGGGGUCCAAAAUCUGUAAUUCCUGUCCGGAGUGAUCUUACGUUCCUAGAUCUUACUGUCCAACAGAUUGAAUACCUAAACAAAACAUACAAAGUUAAUGUGCCUUUGGUUUUAAUGAACUCUUUCAAUACUGAUGCCGAUACACAAAAAAUAAUUCGCAAGUACAAAGGUGUUCAAGUUGAAAUCUACACAUUUAGUCAAAGUUGUUUUCCCAGAAUAGAGAAAGAGUCGCUCAUGCCUGUUCCCAAAGACUGUCAUGUUGAAAAGAAUUUAGAAGCGUGGUACCCUCCUGGUCAUGGUGACUUUUAUGAGAGCUUCAGUAACUCAGGGCUUCUCAAGAAGUUUAUCAAACAGGGGCGAAAAUUCUGCUUUCUCUCCAAUAUUGACAACUUGGGAGCCACAGUGGAUCUGAAUAUCUUGAAUAUGCUGUUGAAAUCAAAUUCAACAUCUGAAUUUUUAAUGGAAGUCACCGACAAAACCAGGGCUGAUGUGAAGGGAGGUACCCUCAUUCAAUAUGACAACAAGCUGAGACUUCUGGAAAUUGCACAAGUACCUAAAGAACACGUUGAUGAAUUUAAAUCAGUGAAAACUUUCAAAUUUUUCAAUACAAACAAUUUGUGGGUGGACUUAGAAGCCAUUGAAAGAGUUGUCUCAGAGGGUGGACUAAACAUGGAAAUUAUCAUCAAUCAUAAGUCACUAGGAAAUGGUACAAACGUAAUCCAAUUAGAAACAGCAGUUGGUGCCGCCAUGAAAGCUUUCAAUCACAGUGUCGGCUUAAAUGUACCGAGGAGUCGAUUCUUACCCGUCAAGAAAACAUCAGAUUUAAUGCUAGUCAUGAGUAACCUGUAUGAUUUAAACCAUGGGUCAUUGAUCAUGAGCCCGAAGAGAAUGUUCCCGACAACUCCUCUGAUCAAGCUUGGAGACGCACACUUUGCCAAAGUUAAAGAUUUUCUCAGUCGUUUCGCCAAUAUCCCAGACUUGCUGGAGUUGGACCAUUUAACUGUCUCUGGAGAUGUUACAUUCGGAAGAGGAGUUUCAUUCAAGGGCACUGUCAUAAUCAUCGCCAAUCAUGGAGACAGGAUUGACAUCCCAGCAGAAUCACUUUUAGAAAACAAAAUUAUCUCCGGAAACUUGAGAAUUUUGGACCACUAGUCACAUUAUUUUUAGUCUUUUAAUUUGAAUUUUAGGUGCCAAGAAAAAUAAUUACUGCACAAUAUUUCUUCUUCAAACAUAUUAAAUGCGCUUGUGCUUUGUCUGUUAGGUAUUUUGUUUGUUAUUGAGAUGUAUGCCUGAAAAAUUUACAAUCUCGUUCUUUCACUAUAAAAGCACUGAAUGUAAUAGACAGAAACCUAAUCAAACAUUUUGUCUGAAUGUAUAUAUUUGUGAAAGUUGUUGUUUUUUAUUGUUUUCAUCGUUGAUUUUAUUUGUUCAUUUUAUUUCUGUUCUUAGUAUUGUGUAAUAUUUUUUCUGUAACAGUCAUUGAAAAGAAAAAAAAAAAUACUGUAUCGAAGGUUAUUAGAAAAAAGAAAUUUGAAAUAUGUUGUUUAUGGAAGAAUGAGUAUUUUUGUUGGUCUGUCCAAUGCUUGCCGUUAAUGCCACAAAAUCUUAUCCAUCAAUGAAUUUAUUUUUGUAUUUGUACAUUUUAAAUCUUUGCCAAAUAUGUAUACCAAAUGUGAAUAAUUUUUAUCAAUUUAGAUUUUUGAAAAAGAGAAUAUUUUCAAGGAGGUGCAUAGUAUCUUAGUUUUACAAGUAAGAUCAUACAUAUGAGAAAAAACAUCUCAGCUGUUUAGGGAACAACGCAACACGAUUUUCCCUCUCAAAAUUUCAGUGAAAUACCUAGUCUUGAUCAAAGAAAAAAAAAUACUGAUACUUAACUUUAAUAUUUAGCUUAAGAGAAGUGUGCUUGGAACUCUUUCUUAACCUACUUAUUUGCUGAUAUUUAUUUUUUUAUUUCGCUCAUUCUCAUUGUAAGAGUUGAUCAAAUUUUAAAUUGUUCGUGUUAGAUUGAUGAAAGAAAUUGUACGAGAACAAUGUAAUUUUAAUAUUUUUAUUACAAAAGUCAGAAAAUUUACUAUUUGUGCAAUGCUUUUAUCUGUAUUUAACUUUGUUACUGUAUCCUAUUGAUUGGAAACAUUGUUAAAAUACAAGAAGUUGAGAAAUGAAAGCGACCUAA